GGCAGCACUUCCCCCACACAGCUUCAACUACAGGAAUGUUUUUCCGGUGAAGAAGAAGCAGCAUCAAACUGCCUGAGAGGUGGAGGAGUGUUGGAAAGAAUGCCUUUCCAUUUCUGCCCCCAGUGUGGGACAAAGUUACAGCCCUGUUUCAGAUUUUGUCCAUCAUGUGGGGAGAAGAUUCCCUCUUCUGUUGAUGAAUCUGGACCUGUGAGCCCAACGCUGUCUUUAAGUCUCUCUCCACCCAAAAGGGAUGAAGCAGCACCAUCAGUAGUUAAAUCAAUCCUUGCUUCAAGCGCAACUUGCGAGCCCACAGGAAGUACCGCCCAUGCAUGUACCACCGCAACUCCAGUUACAACUCGUCCUGCACUGCGAAAGCCACGUAACUCCCUUCGUCUGGACAGGGAAGUUAAAUUCAACAUUAAAGAUGCCACUCCACCCGUGGUGCUCUCCGGUGUCGGAGAAGACAGGAUCAAAGAUGAUGGUGUUGAAUUGGGUGGAACUCCACCAAAGCAGCACUCAGUCACUUUUAAGCUCAACAUGGGGGCAGAGCCGGCUUUACAGUCUCCUCCUGUCCUAAAAUUCUCUCGACCUGGGAGGGGAAAGGCAAAACUCUCCAGCCCUGCUGAGCAGGUAGAAGAGGGGAAGAAGGAGUCAACGGUAGACAGCUCUCCUGUGGCCGUCUCUUCCCCUGUUGUCUCACCAAACUCCAAGUCCCCUUUAAAAGGAAAAGGCAAAGCCAAGAAGGCAAGGCAUGGGUCCACUGUGGAGCCGCUGCAGGAAGGCGAAGAAGUGACGGACACAACGGGCAAGAAGUGGAAGCUGGUGAAACUGCUCAGUCAGAGCACGACAGAGCUCAUCUACGAAGUUUUGCAAACAGUUUCACGAUCCAAUUCCAAGGAAUCAAAUCACAUCCUCAAGCUGGGAGCUAAAGAUGGAAGAAUCUUCAAUGAGCAGAACUUUCUGCAGAGAGCUGCUAAACCUGCGUCCGUGGACAAGUGGAUCAAACAAAACAAGAUAGAUUUUCUGGGGAUUCCUUCCUGUGCUGGCUUUGGUCCUCAUGCAGAGUCCUACAGAUUUCUGAUUUUCCCCAACAUGGGCCAGUCUCUCCAGUCUGUCAUGGAGGAAGAAGAUGAGCUUCUGACUGAGAAAGCUGUCCUUCAGCUUGCCUGCAGAAUAUUAGAUGUGCUGCAGUAUAUCCAUUCAAAUGAGUACGUUCACGCUGAUAUUCAUGCAGAAAACAUUUCCAUCAAACCAGGACAGAAAUCACAGGUAUACCUGGUAGGAUACUGCCAUGCCUUCAGGUACUGUCCCGGUGGACAACAUGUAGAGUACCGUGAAGCCAGCAGAACACCGCACGAGGGCACCGUGGAGUUCAUCAGCCUGGACGCACAUAAGGGAGCAGCUCCGUCUCGACGCAGUGACCUGCAGUCUCUGGGUUACUGCAUGCUGCGUUGGCACACGGGGAUGCUGCCGUGGACUCAACUCACUCACCCGGACCAGGUAGCCACGCAGAAACAGAGGUACAUGGAGGAUGUUCCUGCACUGUUGAGUCACUGCUUCGAGAAGAGUAGAGUUUCCAGUGCAUUUCAAACGUACCUGACUGAAGUAAUGACUCUCCAGUACUCUGAGCAGCCGGACUACUCAGCGCUGAAGGCCGGACUCAGUGCCACUUUACUGCAGCUGGGGUGGUCCCCCGAGCAGCCGCUCAGUUUUUAGAGACAUGAAACAAAAAGAAGACAAUAUAAGAUUCUUUUAACUUUCUUUUUUUUUUAAAUCAUGCUGUGUUUUACCUGUGAUGUUUUAUUGCACUGAAAGCAGAUUGUUGUAGAGUUCAAUGUGUGCACUCAUGUUACGUUAAUGGGUUUUCAUUGGGAUUGUCAUUUUAUGCAUUUGUGGUAUAGUAUUGUUGUGGUUUCUCAUUGAUUGCAGUGUUUUUAACGUUACAAGGGCAACUUGAGUUUUCAAUAUUUGGGUUUUGUUGACACUGUUAGUUAAAUGCGUCACAGCAUUCCUCUUUUCACUGGUUACUUUUUACGACUGUUACUACGGCUGAACAUUUCCUCACCAAGAGCCAACACAGAUGUACAUUAACACAACACAAUACUUCCUUAUUUGUAGGCACAGUUAAUUUGCCUGAAUAAAAAGCAAUACUUCAUUAUUUCUUAUUUAAAGCAGUGCCUUAGUGUCAUUUGCCAAAGUGCACCAGGAAAUCUCCAUCAUAAAGUUAUGCUCAUAAGAAAACAUAUUCAGUUUAAUUAAGGGGUGUUUAAAAAUAAAUUGUUUUUGAGGAAAU